UCAACUUCCGGGUUCAUGGGAGCAGCAUGGCGGCGCCCAUCGGUGUCCAUCUGGAGUUCAGAGGUGGUGCUGAGCUGCUCUUCAAUGGGGUGAAAGAGCAGGACGUCAUAUUGCCGACCCAAUCAAUGCCAUGGGAUAUUCGGCAGCUUCUGGUGUGGAUCAAAACUAAUAUGUUGAAGGAUCGGCCAGAGCUUUUCAUUCAAGGUGACACCGUCAGAGGGAGCUACGCCCCUGGAGUCCAGGUUUUCACAGUCGGAACCCAAUUCAGACCUGGAGUGCUGCAGCCUAUCUAUCACCUGAGGGUGGCAACUGAUCAUAACAUAGACAACACGACUGCCAUCCUGAGAGAGUGGCUCAUCAGCGUCCAGAGGUUUUACCACUACGUAGAGUGGCGUCCAAUGGCUGAACCAAGAUCAUAUCCAAAUGAACUGGGCCCUAAACACUGGACCCAAACCAGAUUUGAAUACAUCAUGAAGCUGAAGCAAGCCGCACUCAAAUCUGCCAGAAAACAAUGGGCAGAUUACAUCUUGUACAUGGACACAGAUAAUAUUCUGACCAAUAACCAAACACUUAGACUGCUGAUGGCAGAGAACAAGACUGUGAUAGCUCCAUUGCUGAUCUCCCAGACAGCUUACUCCAACUUCUGGUGUGGGAUCACUCCUCAGGGUUACUACCGCAGGACGGCAGAGUAUUUCCCGACUCGGCAUCGCCAGAGGUUAGGCUGCUUCCCCGUUCCCAUGGUGCACUCCACCAUCCUGAUCGACCUGCGCAAGGAAGCCGCGCAGAGCCUGGCAUUUUACCCGCCGCACCCGGACUAUUCCUGGGCCUUCGAUGACAUCAUGGUGUUUGCAUUUUCCUGUCGUGCCUCAGAGGUCCAGAUGUACGUGUGCAACAAAGAGCGAUACGGUUUUAUCAACAUUCCUGGCAAGCCCCAGAGCACACUGGAGGAUGACAAUCUCAACUUCAUCCAUCUAAUGUUGGACGCAAUGAUUUAUGGCCCCCCGAUGUCACCAUCACAGUUCACCUAUCUCCCGCCCAGGUAUCCGGAUAAGAUGAACUUUGAUGAGGUUUAUCUAAUAAACCUCAAGCGGCGUCCGGAUAGGCGGGAGAGGAUGCUGCAGGCGCUGUACGAGCAGGAGAUUGGCUGCAAGAUAGUAGAUGCAGUGGAUGGAAGUGCUUUGAACAGUAGCACCUUAAAAGCAAUGGGAAUUAGAAUGUUGCCAGGAUAUUCUGACCCUUACACAGGAAGGACUCUGACCAAGGGAGAAAUCGGAUGUUUUCUUAGCCAUUAUUCCAUCUGGAAAGAGGUGGUAGAUCGAAAGCUGAAGAAAGUAGUGGUGUUUGAAGAUGAUGUGAGGUUUGACGGCCACUUCAAGAGGAAGCUGUUGAGAUUGCUGAACGAAAUUGAGGAUGUCGAUUUGGAAUGGGACCUUAUCUACCUCGGUCGUAAAUUGGUCAAUCCCAGUCAGGAGGAGGCUGUGCCGAAUGUCCAUAACUUGGUGGUGGUGGAAUAUUCAUACUGGACGCUGGCAUAUGUCAUUUCACAGCAGGGUGCUGAGAAACUGGUUAACUCUCAGCCAUUCAAUAAGAUGCUGCCUGUGGACGAAUUCCUUCCUAUCAUGUACGACAAGCACAUAAAUGAAGAAUACAAGAAAGCUUACUCCAAACGAGACCUGCUGGCCUUUUCUGUCAACCCUCUCCUUGUAUACCCCACCCACUAUACUGGAGAUCCUGAAUGGUUCAGCGACACUGAGACCUCCACCAUUUGGGAUGAUGACUUGGUGAAGACGGAUUGGAGUGGCUCUCAGAAAACAGUGAAGGCCUCGCAGGCAGGAGCCUCUCGUCAGUCCAUUGGGUCCUUGUCAAGAGAUGAACUGUAAUUUUCAGCGUCGGUGUAAGAAAGUGAACAUUCUCAGGAAUUUGGUUUCGGACUGACAGAACUACCCAAUAAUGAACGAAGGUCGUCCAGCGGCAAAGUUGUGAAGUUCUAUCAAAGCUCAUCUGCCAGAUGCAGGCCACACAGCUAGACAGAGACACCUAGGACGAACAGAAAAAUUAUUCAGUCCCACCUCAGCACUUUAACUGCGGGUAGUAUGAAGGUGGCACCCAUUACAUAAAAGGAACAGCCCUUACAGACAAAGCAUUGAAUAAUAUGCAAACUAGAAUGAUCCAACUCAUCAACAAGGCAAGCAAAAUAUUGUAUGAGUAGAUAGAUCCUUCAAGACCUUUGAACUGCAAAAGCCAUACUUGACCUAAACACAACUCACUCCUAUUAUGUAGUCAAACAAUGUUAAAGGGAAUGCCUGUGCUUGAAGAAGAUUGUUGGAACUUUCCAAUGGUCCUGUGUGCUCCCGGUGUUAAGAUGUAAAGGCCAUUUAGGUAUAGGGAGGAUUUGCCCUGCCCUGACAUGAGACUGUAAGAGGGACAAUAUGAGUUCAAUGUCAAGUGCAGGCUGAGUGGAGCAAGCAUUCUCUGUGCAUUAUUUCAUUCAACUGUUCAGUGGAUUUGGGUGAGCAACUCUUUGAAACUCCCAGGUAGUAAAACAUCGAAGCUGUAAGACAUUGGAGACCACAUUCCAAAAUAAAUCUGCCCUCGCUCCAUAGUCUUCGCUAAACGGCCACCUCCUGCUGUGGUUGUAAUCCAUGCAUUCAAGAGUUUCAGAAUUAUCUAAUCUUAGCUAUCAUAGUGAUGGCAGCAGAGGCAUUCUUGGUGCAGCAUGGAGUUCAUGAGAUAGAGAUCUAUGUGCAGAUACUGGGAAAGGUUAGUUCCUCUGUGAUCGGACAAACCACACCUUGCAGGUGUUACUGGGAAGACUGUAAAAGAAGCUCAUUAGGACAACCAAACAAUUUAAGACUAUUCUAGACUUCAAUAUUUCCAUUGGUCCAUGCUCUCGAUAUUGAAUUCUAAACAAUAAACAUUAAGCUUAAGUUCAACUUUAGAAAAACAGCCCUUCCCCUAUUCACUAUCUUUAGUGAGAAGAUGAGCAGUUCAAAAUGUUGUCUUGUUUUCUUUCUUAAAAUGCUUCUAGCCAACAUAAAAAUAGAAGUGCGAUCUUUCCAACAAAGUUGAUUCCCAGCUAUGUCAUUUUGUUUAACUGGUUACAAUUAAAUGCUGUUUCUCCUCCCAUUUGUUGCUUUUCCUCCCAUGGUUGGAGGUUCAAAGAUUGAAGAAACUCCAACUAUUUUAUUUAGAAGAGGACACCAUUCGUAUUGAGUAGAGAAAGGGUGUGCCUGAAAUACCGUUCAGGUUAAACCCUUAUCGGGUUGAAAAUGAGAAAGAUAUACACACAGCUGUCAGCAAGGCAAGAGAAGUGAAGCUCACGGAUUGGACAGUGACAAACAGGAGCAUCCAGGUACUGAAAUGGGCCUUGACAAAAGCAUGAGCUGCAGAGUGAGCUCCGAUGGACAUAAUGUGCCUUUUAGAGAUUUAAUCUUAACUGGGCAAACGGCUUCCGUGCUCUCAUGCUCCCUGCUGCAACUUUGGUCAUUCUUUGUCUAUCAAGAAGUGGGCAGAAGUUCAACCAGUGCUACAGAAGACAGAGUUUCUAAACUGGAGCAGGGAAGCAGUAAAACUACCCUUCUGGUCAAUCAGUAAUGUUGUCUAGUAUGUCUCUUUGUAUACUGCAUUUCAUUGUAAACCUUAGAAAUGGGAGCAUUUCCUUGGGUGUAUCACUGUUGUGCUUCAGAUCAAUAUUUUCUUCACCACACUUUACACUGUUCAGCUGGUCUGAUUUUUUUAAAAAGUCAUUAUAAAUUAAAAAUUUGUUUUCUUCAUCUUC